AUGGUGAAAUCCUCCCUGCAGCGGAUCCUCAACAGUCACUGCUUCGCCCGCGAGAAGGAAGGAAAUAAAAAGACCCACGUCCCCGCCGACAUGCCCGCCCUGCCCGCCAGCGCCGCUUUGAGGAGGUGAGGAGGCGGAGGAAAAGAGAGAGGAACGGGGAGAGCAACCCCAACCCCCCCCCCAGCAGGCGCCUCGCUUCGCCUGACGGGCCGCGGCCUUGUCGCGCAGGCCACGCCCUAUAAGCCACGCCCCUCGCACGAAGGGCCCGAGAGGGCUGGGCUUGCUUUGGCCACGCCCCUCCCUUUUUCCCCCACUAGCACCUCAUACAUAUAAAGAAAUACCUGUGUGUAUGUAUACGUGUGUGCGUAUAGGGAGAGGAUAGAGAUAAAGUAGGACAUGUAGGGGGACUAGAGAUGAAACUAUACUUUGAAAAAGGGAGGGAGCUCUAGAGCUUUUUUUUUUUAAGAAAGGGGGAAGAUAUUCAAGUAUUUUUGAAAAAGGAAGGGGCUGUAAAUGUAAAAGUACUUCAAAAAGGAAGGAAAACCCGUGUUUUCCCCUCCCCCUUUUCUCUCUGCCGCCCCCCAGCACCCCAUUUUUAAAGAAAUAUUUAGCGGGGGCUUUAUCUGGCGUAGGGAUGGAGGGGAACUACAGAGAAAAAUGUUUAAUGGGGGCAUGAUACUAAAGGUUUAAAACGCAGAGAGGGCUAGAGAUUUUUUUUAAUGGGAGGGGAAUUGGAGAUGACCAAACUUUUGAAUAGACAAUAAGAGAUGUUUUUAAAGCGAUGUGAUUUAGUAAGGGAGCAACAGUUUUAAAAAGUAGGAGCAACCUAAAGAUAUAUAAAAUGCCCUGAACAUAAUUUAGCUAUAAGGCACCAUUUGUGUUUGUUUAGGGACAUAUUCGGGUUUCAGCUUCUGCCUGGUUAGGUUCUGUGCAUACAGAUAGUGUGUGGGUGAUCUUUUCCCUAACACCUCCCAAAGUUCUCUAUUCAGUAGAGCCUUGUGGUUUGCUUAGGUGCCUCAUAGCUAAAUUAUGUUCAGAGUUAGGGUGGAGGGGGAAAAGUGCUAGGUUUAAGACAGGGGUUCUUUUUAAAAAAUAAUUGUGCAUGGUGGUGAAGUGUCUCUUUGGUGCCUUACACUGCCAACUAUACCUCGUUGACAACCACUACUCAGAAACUGAGUGUGGGGAGAGAGGAGAGUGAGUGUCCCCUUUGUUCUUUACAGAACUCAAAAUUCUGUAUCCGUAGGGAGGAAGGGCAGAGUGAGGCCCACUUCUGUUAAUUAAGAAACGAAACAAAUUGAUGCUCUUUCACACACAACCCAACACAUACUUCUAGCACCAACGUUUAGGAAGAAAGGGGCCAAUUUUAAAGGGGGAAGGGGAAGAAUGUGAGCCUCAUCCUUGUUCUUUUGGGAAGCUCAAGUUUGUCCUUCCACUUUCCGCUGCCCGUACACCUACUUGGCAGCCAACACUUAGAGGAAAGUUGCUACCUGUAUAUGUUUGCAGGGAAUGAGACUAUUUGAUCACACGGGACAAAAUAGAAUUUUAUCAAACACGUGCCUUUGUGUAAAAUGACAAUUGGCCACCGGCACUGAACACUCCACAAAGGAGGAGGUACUAUUUUAAAUAUGUAUGUAUGUAUAUGCUAGGAUGAGGGAAAGUAAGGUGCACUUUUAUAUUCUGUAGUGAGAAACACUUCCCUCUCGUCCUUCAUUUGGUACUCACUCCCCAGAGAAGUCUCUUCCUAAAUAGUAUGAAGGGACAGAUGAAGCAAAACCCAUAUCUGAUCAUUGUGGGGAAGGAUAUGGGGUCUUCCGUCUCCACUGCCUGCCCCAGACUGAGGCAGAAGCAUCUGUUCCCUAGGAAAGAAUGAGCUUCUGCUCUCAUUUGUUGCAGACGAGGUCAUUGGUUACAUGAGAGACCUUCCCCUAAUCCAGACAAAAUACAAAUCCGCUUUUUAUCAUUUGGGGAAAGGCUUCAUCCCUCCCUUGAGAUGCAAGACAUUUUUAGACACCUUAUUCAGUAUAAGUUUCAGGGAAAUGAGUGACAUCAUAAAGGAAAAAUGGGCACCAACUUCCACUCUUCCCUAUCAAAACCUUGGGAGCCUUUUGUGAAAAACAGUUCCUGUGCAGGGAUACAUAAAAGUGGAGCACCUGCCUAAUCCUUGUGGAGAGAUAUUUACGACCCCUUUGUCAAUCACGGGGAAGGCAGUGGUUCUACCUUUAUUUAGGGAAAUCUACAUUAAUGAAUGAAGGGGAUGCAGGUGGCGCUGUGGGUUAAACCACAGAGCCUAGGACUUGCCGAUCAGAAGGUCGGCGAUUCGAAUCCCCGCGAUGGGGUGAGCUCCCAUUGCUUGAUCCCUGCUCCUGCCAACCUAGCAGUUUGAAAACACAUCAAGUGCAAGUAGAUAAAUAGGUACCGCUCCGGCGGGAAGGUAAACGGCAUUUCCAUGCGCUGCUCUGGUUUGCCAGAAGCAGCUUAGUCAUGCUGGCCACAUGACCCGGAAGCUGUACGCCGGCUCCCUCGGCCAAUAAAGCGAGAUGAGCGCCACAACCCGAGUCGGCCACGACUGGACCUAAUGGUCAGGGUUCCUUUACCUUUACAUUAAUGAAACACACAGGAAUUGUAGAGUUGGAAGGGAUCGCUAAAGUCUUCCAGUCCAACCUCCUGCCUAAUGUGGGGCUCAAACCCACUACCCUGAGAUUAAAGAAUCUUGUGCUGUAGCAACUUGAGCUUUCACACAUAUACCCAUCUGACUUUUUUUUUUUUUUUUGCAGAAUAUCCUAUGUAUUCAUACAGCAAAGGCAAAUCUUCAGCAGUGCAUAUUUUCUCACUGAUGUGCAUUGUUAAAAUAACCACAUUUAAACAAUUCUUAAGUGGAUACGUAUAACACUAGGGUCCCAAGUAGAGGGAAGCCCCGUUCGAUACAUAGAGAGUGUGUGUAAAAAGAAAACAGUGUCUUUACUACAUAAUCCAAAUCAGAUUUCACCAACCUAGUACCCUCCAAAUCUUUUGGGCUGCAAUGACCAGUGGCAGUCCUGGCUGGCGCUUAUGGGAGAUGGAAGUUCAAAACCUGUGGAGGGCACCAGGUUUAGUAAAAGCCGCCUCUAGGUUUCCCAUGUCACUGAAUUCAGAAAUGGGACCACAUUUUAGAAAAGGGGUGGGGGCUUUAAACAAUAUUUGAGGUGGGGACAAAUUCACAAGGCAAGCACUUAAUUCACUCUUGCCAGGAGUAGGGCUUAAUAAUGUCUUUUCCUCCACUUUUGAUCAUGUUAGAAGAAGCACCUCAAACUGAGCAUUAUUGAGAUGUAACUCCGCCUCCGGGAGAGUGGGGAGUUUCCUAGCUGUUGUCCUCUGGGUGUGGCUUGCCCUGAACUUCCUUUCUUAGUGCCAUUAGAGCGGACAUGGGGCCUUGGCCAACUGCACCUUCCCAGAACAGGCAGAGGACCCACUUCCCCUUCCCCCAAACCUGUCGCCUUGUCUCUUGUCUGCUAAAAUCUGCAGGUGCACACUUUAUUGGCACUAUCUAGGAAGGGAUGUUCCUUCGAGAGUGAGAAAUGGGGGUGGAAGUGUCGGGUGCAAGAGAAUGCUGGAGACAUCUUGGGUGGCACUUGCAUCUUUUUGCCCUCUAAUAGCCCUUCCUCAGUUGCCUUGCCAUUCUUCAUGAGCUCAGAAGAGAUGGUUGUAGCCCCUGCCAGAAGCAUUGUAAAGAAGCUUCUCUGUAGUUGCUCAUGCCUCAGCUCCCUUUUCUCAAAUCUCAGUGCAAAAGUAGCAGCUGAUCCAAGAAUGGUGUUUUUUUUUAAAGAAAAGAAAUCUGUUUCUCUGAGAAAGACAUCUUGUUUUGACCAAGCCAGGGGUGGGAAAUUGGAUGUCUGACCUGCUUUAAGCAAGGUCCGGGCUUUUUUUUACAUGUAUUACUUUACACUGUGGCCUGUUCCCUACAUAAUUAAGAGGUACAGGCCAUAUUCCUUUCCUGCUCUGGGAUUUGGAUCUCUGAAGCAUAGUGUACAAGGCAUAUACAGUGGUACCUCUACGCACGCCUCUGGUUACGUAUCCUUCAGGAUACGCAUGCGGCAAACCCGGAAGUAUUUUUCCGGGUUUCGUCGCAUGCACAGAACAGGCACCUCUGGUUGCAAAAAAACUCUGGAUCCGACCGGAGCUCCGGAAUGGAUCCCACCCACAACCGGAGGUACCACUGUAACUGAAUUCUGUGGCAAUGGUUGCCUUCAUGUUCUUCCUAACACCACUUGCCUAAAAUCCUGUUGCAGAGAGCCCUGUUUAGACUAACCUGCCCCCAACAUGGUGUCUUCCUUGUCCCUAAUCAUUGGCCAGGCUGGGUUAAGUAUGCAGUAGCACUUGGUAGUGUAAACUUGAGUCAUCCCCUGCUUGGGAUGUUGGUGGGGUGAGCAGCUUGGGUCAGCUCUUCUCCCAGAGAUUGAGUUUGUCCCUUGAUGUGCUCUAGGUGUUGAUCAGCUAGGUUUGGAUAGAGCAGGGUCCUCAUAGAAGGGACCCCUUGGGUCAUUUAGUCCACCCCACUGCAGCGCAGGAAUGAAUGCCCUCCUCCUGUCAACUAUCCUUCGGGGGUGGGGCUUGAAUCAGACCACUAUUUCUCAGAACAGCCCUGGCAGCGCUGUUGAAAUGACCUCAGAACACAAUGCAGGGGGGUUUGAGUUAAAGGCAAAUGCUUUUGCAGGGAGCUGAGGCUGGAACUGGGUUGAAUCCAGUGUGGAAUAGUCUCCCUUCUUGCUUUGAAUCCUCUUGGUUCAACUGGGGGUGUUGAAUUUACAAAGCAAGAGUGCAUAAUUUGGAUCCGCAGACUGGUGAGACACAGCCAGCCUAUGUUUCAAGUGAUUCUCCUACUCAAGAGCACCCAAGACAUCCAUGCUUGCUCAGAUCCAGACUCGCAGGAGCCUGCCUUAGUUAGGUGAUCGAUGGGGAACUGGCGAUUGGUCCCCCACCUGUGGAUUGCAGUCUUCGUUACACUGAAUAGAAACAGUUGUCUUUAGAUAAGCAGCUUGGGCUUCCUGCGUAACAGGGCCAAUUCCUUGGCGGACUGCAAGGAUAGAGGGGUGUUGAACCCUGGGCGUAAUGGCUACUUAAGCAGAGAGCUGAGUUCAUGAUGGAAAACACUAAGGGUGGUAGAUCUUGAACACUAGAAUGGACCUUUUUCUGUGGUGGCUCCCUGUUUCUGGAAUGCUCUCCCCAGAGAAGUUCUCUUGGCGCAAUCCUUUAUCUUUAGGCACCAGGUAAAAACUGUCCACUGUAACCAGGCCUUUAACUAUCUGUGGCUUUUUAGAAGUGGGUGGGGUGUUUUUAAUGUAUUGUGGAGUUGGGAGGGAUCCCCAAGGGUCAUCUAGCCCAACCCCCUGCAAUGCAGGAAUCUCAGCUAAAGCACUCAUGACAGAUGGGCAUCUAACCUCUCCUCAAAAACCUCCAAGGAAGGAGAUUUGAUUUUAAUGUACCGAUGAGGUGUUUAUUAUUUGUCCGUUUGGUUGUAUGCCAUUUUGAGUUGCCCUGAGCAAGAUAAAGCAACUGCCAAAUUUAAUUAAAAAAAUAAAACAUUCCCUGUGGUUUCCUGCCUGGAACCAUUCUCCCACUUAUCCAAACUGAAACAGCACAGAGCAUUGUAAGACGAUGGAGUUAGUAACUGGAUGUUGGGCCUGUGGCAUCAAACCAGAAAUUACAAUAGCAAAUGUACAUGGGAAAGGCGCCCUUAAUGAGUAGAUACUGCCUGUCAGAAGUCCUUAAAAUAAGUCACAAACCAUUGUAACCCGGAGCAGCAUUUUUCUGCGCCUCAGAUGACUCAGUCAUUCCCCCCCCCCCCACAUUGAGCAACCUUGAGCCCAGCUUGUGUGGCUGAAGGGGGAAUAAAAUAAAUCGGAUUGUUGUGCAAUCCUUUGAGCAAAGCACUGCGUAUCGCGUUAAGGGAUUAGUGGGGCGGUUGUUUCUUUUUUGGCUGUUCAAAAUGGUGGAUGACAGGGCUUCCUCCCCACCCCUUGUUUAUACUGUUUUGCAAAUGGCUGCUGGCAGGAUGGUUGUGAGAAUUUCCCCGAGGGGAACCUUGAUCUGCUUCAUCUGCUGAGGUGACGCAUCCAGUGAGAGCCUGCAGGGUGAAGGAUGGUGCAGAGGGAGGGGCUAAGUGGGACAGCGAUUAUCAUCACCCGCUGUUGAUGUUAAAAAGGAGACGGAGCCCAUUCAAUUCAGCUGGCUUGCUGUUGACAUAGCACUGUACGUGAAUGCUGCACGGCUAGCUUGCUUCAGCUGUGCGGGACAUUUAUAUGGCAGCUUAGAAAUUCAGAAAUAGGGGUUGGUAUUUUGCGGCUGCAAGUUCCAUUCUUAACGUGUGGAUGCAUGCACUUUUUUGUUUCUGUUUUUAAAUGGCAGUUCUCCAAUUUAGCUUGCAGGCUUGCUGCUCCCAGUAUUAAAUUCUCAUUAAAUUCCCAGUAGAAAGAAGCAAAACAUAUUAUGGAUUAAUGAAGUUUUAUGUAUUUUAUUGCAACCAGUAAAGGGGAAAGGAAAGGGCUUCCAGUUCUAUAGAAUGUGAGUGCGGCAAGAGUCUAAUAGGGAAUGAACAUGUUUGUGGGCUGAUGGGGCAAUAGAGUGCUAGUUAAACAACUAGAAUGGGAGCCUUUUAGUCCUCUCCCCGGCCCCCGCCUGCUUCAUGGGUUGGAGCUCCCGUUAACUCUGAAAACUUAAGCAACUCCCCAGAGAAUAGCAGAUAGCAAAACAGCAGGCUUGAAUAUCAGUGGAGUGCAUCCAGAUUGUUUUGUGUGUUAGCAUUCAACAGACACAAGUGUGACAUUUGCAUGAUUCUUGGAGUUUGACGCAAUUUGGGGGGGGGGGUGUUAGUUUUUGGUAGGCUUAUUCAAACUUGGAGCUCAUGGUACUAGUCCAUAAGAAAUUCUGAUGGCCUCCCUAGUUGUGCAACCCUGACCACUUUCCCCCUCUCUUUUUCUCAGUUCCAGAGUGUCCUUCAGUUGCUGUAGUAACCUGGGUCCGGGGCCUCGGUGGUGCUCCUGAUGCCCCUCACCCACCCCUGAAGAUCCCAGGUGGGCGAGGGAAUUGUCAGAGGGAUCACAAUCUUUCAGCUAACUUAUUUUAUUCCGUAAGUAUGCUUGUACUCUGCACGUGGGGUUAAUCCCUGCAUAUUUUAAGGGUUUUAGAGAUUAGGCUGAGAUGUGCCCUUUAACUUCAGUGGGUCUACUCUGAGCGGGACUCACAGUAGAUUCAGCCUAACGUUUUCCCCACAGCCAUAAGCAGAUUAAAAAAAACACCUUUCUGUUUCCUUUAGGAUAAUCGGCUGAAUGUAACAGAAGAGAUAACAUCUAAUAACAGGACGAGAAUCCUGAAUGUCCAGUCCAGGCUUACGGAUGCCAAACACAUCAGCUGGAAAGCUGUGUUGAACAAUAACAACUUGUACAUCGAAAUUCCCAAUGGCGCUCUGCCUGAAGGGAGCAAGGACAGGUAAAGGGCGGAAGGAGUUCAGGUGUGCCUCGGUUGUUGUCAUGGUCGGAGUGGGGUGAGGGAGGCCACCAGCAAAUUUAGAGCUAUGGUCAAGUCUCGUUCUUGAAUCUGUGGCUUUUACAGAACUGCCCUCAGGGUCUAUCCUUGAUAAACUUCUUGGUGUUGUGUUGUGCGGUGUGCUUUACACACUGAUUAGGCAGGUUCACAGCGGAUGAGUAGUCUAUCUGCUGACAAUUGGCUGCUAUGGCUAAGUGGACCCUCCGUGUUUGCAGACAGUGUGCUGCUGCGGGGGGGGGGGGUUUGAUGUCUUUCAGACUGUGCUGCUGGGCUUCCCAGAGGCAUCUAAUUGGCCACUGGGGAUCAGGUGGUGCUGGUGGCGCAACAGGGAUUGGCUGAUGCUCUUCAAAUACUAGGUGCCCCCCCUUCCCUUUACAGGAGAAUGGAGGAAUUUCUCGUUAAAUUGGUCCUGGGGAACCUGUGCUAUUCUACUUUUGUACCUAUUAAGUACAUACAUGUUUCCUGCUUUUCCACAGAGGUGGUGUGGGGCUUCAAAAAAGAGAGGCCUGUGUUUAACGGGAAAGGAAUGCAGUCCAGGUUCUUCAAAGUUCCCACAUGUGCAUCUUAAUUCCUAAAACCAGCUCUUGACAGUAGCAUUGCGGGGCAGAGGCCAUCCUGGGUAAUUUCUGUAGUCCGUUCAGCCCCAGGAGAUUAUUAAGCUAUAAAUGGCAGCUGCUGGCUCCUUAAGGAGCUUCUGCUGCUUUUCCUCUGCCCAAAUCAAAACCACAGUUGCAUAAAAUACUUCUUGAGCAGGGAAGUGGAAAACAAGAGUUUUCACUUGCUUCCUGUUCUUUCUCCCCACCUCCAGUUUUGCAGUUCUUCUUGAGUUUGCUGAAGAACAACUUCAAGUGGACCAUGUCUUCAUUUGCUUCCACAAGAAUCGAGACGACAGAGGUAAGAGUGGCUGGGUGUGUGUGCGAGGAACCCGUGUCACCUCCCCGGUGGCAUGGGUGGGAGAUGGGGGGCAAAUGGGGUGUUUAAUUUCGUCUGGGGAACUCACCCUACAUCUCUUCUCUCCCCGGCAGCCUCGCUGCUCCGUACUUUCAGCUUCUUGGGCUUUGAGAUUGUGAGACCCGGGCAUGCCCUUGUCCCCAAGAGACCCGAUGCUUGCUUCAUGGCGUACACCUUCGAACGAGACUCUUCCGAAGAAGACUAG